AACAAAUAUUUCCUGGAAGUCAGCAUGGUGUGAAGUUGAUUGUUUAUGUAAAUCAUACCAGUACUCAGGAAGAAGAGGUUGACUUCUUAGAUGACAAUAACGACAUCUCUAUUGUUGUUCAUGAUCCGAAGGUAUUUCCCAACCUGUGGAGUAAAAGCUUCAGCGUUGAAACUGGUCUUCACAACAAAGUCGCUAUCACGAAAAAGAGGGUCAGCUUAAAGAGAGCACCAUUUGCUUCGCAGUGUGUUAACCAAGUAGACAGACCAGAAUUAAAAGUCUUUCCAGGAAGGUAUACAACUCAAAACUGCCUGUCCUCCUGUUCAAUCUACCACUGUUACGACGCGUGCGGUGAUGUGCCGGACUCGUUUCAACGAUAUUUCACGUACAAAUCAUUUCCGCGAAAAAUGAAGAAAAAUUUAACUUGUGUGAACCAUCACGAAAAAACGUUUUUCAGAAAGGCGAGGGAAUUGUGUGAUUGUCCUCUAUCGUGCGAAGAAGUUAUUUACGACACCACUAUAUCUGUGUCAAAAUGGCCGACGAAUAAUUACAAGAACAAGUUGAGGAAGUACUUUAAAAAAGACACUAGUCACUCAUCAAGUGAAGAUUUUUUUUCCAACAAUUUCUUGUUGCUCUCCGUGUAUUUUGAAGAUUUUUUGUACAAAAAGGAAGUGGAAAAGGAGAAGUAUAGUUUUGAUAAUUUGAUGGGCGAUCUUGGUGGUCAAGCUGGGUUGUACAUGGGUGCCUCCAUUUUUUCCGUCAUAGAGUUGUUAAUGAUCUUUGUGCUGAUGGUUGUUACAAAACUUGCUUCUUUUGUAAAAUCAUUUUUAGUAUACAGGAAGUAGUGUAAAUAUGAAGCAAAAUAUGACGUACGAACAUAAUUUUAGUUGUUGUUGUUGUUGUUGUCAACAUCUUCAUCGUUUUUACCUCGGCUCGUAGGUCACUCGUACAUGCUUAUUAGAGUUAACAAAAGAACAGGAAAGUACUGGCAUUGCGUUAUGCUGUGCGUUAAAAGACAUUCAAGUUUUGAUCCUAACUGCCAGCUCGUUCGUUUCCAGACGAAAGAGGGAAUUGUAGGAAAAACCAUUAACAUAUCAAGAUUACUCAAUCGGUAUUAUUUUUCCCUUUCUUUUUUUUAGAAUCAAGCUGAUCCACACAGUCCUGAUGAGUGUAUCGUCCUGCCAGUCUACUGCACAAUCACUCGUGAGAAGAUUGUUGCUCAACUUAGCGUUCCUUGUGGUGGUGAUCAACAAAAGUGGAUAAAGUCAGGCGCAGCAUUAUUUCUGAAGAAUGAAUGAUUUUGUGUUGAUAUUCUUGAGAGCACUGCAUUUGUAUUUACAUGCACAAGAUUGGGAUUAAAAGUAAAAAAAUUAUAUGGUGUGAACUUACUUAAGCGCUGUAACCUUGUUUAUCUACUAUAGAUUCAAAAGUUGUCAGAUUUUUACCUGGUUUCUUUUAUUCCAAUCAAGACCUAAAAAACCUCUGCUAUAUCUGAAAAGUGAAGAAAAGAAAAAAACGCAGAAAAUUACAACCAGUCAAAGUCUGAGAGCUAAAUUUUCGCAAACAUUUUGUGCGAUUUCCUUUUUUGAGUGGAAAGUUCCACAAUUCUUGUGCAUACUAUUCUUUUACAUAGUUUUUAAUUCAUGUUUUAUAUUUAUUACACGUCUUUUUUACAAUGUUUUCUUUACUUGAGGCUGAGAUUGUAGGUACUUGUAACCACUAACUUACAAGAUAUCGAGAAAAUUAAAAAAACGUAUGUAGAUAGAUAGUGGUCUCCUGCCAAAAAGUACUUUUAAGGUAAAACGGAUCUGACUCCAUAAAUUUUAUGAAAAUCUUCCUUAAAGUUAAGAAACUUAAAGGCUGAACUUAGAAAUGCAUGUUUCUUUCGAUAAAGAACGCGUGUACUAUGUUAUUCGUAACAAUUUUUGCAUGAAUUUUAACCUUCGGGUGAUCUAGUGUGUUUUUCUCUCUCGAUAUUACAAACGUUUUUUCGCGUGAUAACUUUACUGAUUUUAGCGCAAGUGUGCAAAACUUACUACAAAAUUAUAACUUGUCAUGGAGGGUAACCGGCUUUCAAAAUCUGUUAAGAAGCAAUCUUUAAAAUAAUUAAAAUUUAGUUAUUUAAGGAAAAAUGUAUAUACCAUGUAGCAUUUGAAUAAUUGUAAUUAUAGUUAGAUUAUAGUAAAUAUGUUUGUUAAGUUAGAAAGAAUAAUAACAUUUGAAACGUUUGUGUUAACUGCUGAAUUGUUGCAAAAAAAAAUUAUCUGAUCUCAAUAUUUAUCAAACUACUUAUUAUCGUUAACAAAUGUGUCAACAAGAUUGAUCACAUGAUAAACGAAAAAAUAGUGAUAUGAGCAUAUGACACCAUUCUUACGUCUACGGUUUUCAACAUUUACUCUACAGGCACUUUGAGAACCAUCCAGAUUAGGUCAAGAGACCGUCAUCCAGUCAACCUGCUAGAUUCUUUGCCACUGCUAAGAUACAAAUUUCAAAAUAAAAGCGAGAUUAAUCUUAAGGAAUUAAAACUAUGACCAAUAACAGAUCAAACUGGUACAGCUGUCUAUUAGACGUCCAAAUUUAUUUCAAAAUAUCUACAGCCUCUAUAAAAAAAUGAUUACGUCAUUGAUGAUUGUUCCAGACUAGUCGAUAAAGCCCGUGGAAAAAUCCACUUAGACAGGAUAACAGUAAAAAAGAACCGUUACUUAAAUUUUGAUGACAUCAGCAAGGAUCUGUCAAGAGACAAAAUAUUUUUUCUUGGAAAUUUGUUUUCACGUUGCCUCUAUUGUGUAGAGCUUAAACUGCUGAUCAAGAAAAUGUAUAUGAUCAUGUGGUUUUGAUAAGCGGUUAAUGAGAUAUAAGGGUUUAAAAUGUUUGCUGACGUCAGCAAUUGCCCCUCAAAACCCCAAAAAAUAUUUUGUAGAAAUUUGUAUACCUGUUUCCUUCAUCGUACAGAUCUUGAAACGAUGAUCAAAAAGAUGUAUAGGAUUAUGUACUUUUGACAAACAGUUUAUUAAGGUAUGAAGGUUUUUUGAUGACGUCAUCAACCCGUCCAUUUCGAAACGGACUUGGGGACUCAGGUUUGGGAAACUUACCCAAAUUGAUACUAGGUGGUCCUUAGUUACCCAUGCAGUGAAAAGAACAAUGACGUCACCACCUCGUUUUCGAGUUAUUUGCCCUCAAAGUUUUAAGUGCACUGUAACGGCUUCAUUAAUUUAAUAUAGGAUAUUGACGUUAAAGUAGUGUUAUUGACGUCGCGCCGUAACGUCAGAAAAUUUAACAUAUUAGACAUGCAUUUUUCGGUUACUUCAAAGAAAAUUUCGGUAAGAUCAAAGGAAAAUGAACAUAUCCACUUUGCCUGUUACAGACACACGGAACUGGCGUAUUAUUAUAGAGACUAGUCGAUUAGGCCCGUGGAAAAAUCCACUUAGGCAGAAAAACAAUUGAAAAGUUCUGUCAUUUGAAUUUUGAUGACAUCAGCAAAUAUUUCAGUAUAUUGAAUAUGCCUUUUACUAAAAAAAAUAAUCUGAAAAUGCAUAAAAAGAAAGUAUAUAAGUCAUAAUUUAACAAAAAAGUUCUUAAAAUCUAACACAAAAUAUCAAAUGUCAAAUCGCAUGAAAUCCUCCCAACAAAACUUCAGACAAAAUAUGAAAAACAACGGCGUGCAAGGUGUAAAAUCUAGUUAGUAGAAAGUUACAACAUUGACAGUCACAACCCAGACAGUUACGACAACAAUAAUAAUAAUAAUGUCAGAAAUAACACAUAUCUCAAAUAUGUAUACAUCUUAUUAUGUGAUUAUGUUGAAAACCUUCAAUAUUUUAAUCUAAAGUGUCGAAAAGAAAGGCUUGCAACAGUAAGCACAGAUCUAUGAAAUAAGUUCUUUACGCAUUUUAAACAAUAUCAAAAAGCCAAACUUAAACAAACACAAAACACCUAAAAACAAAAAGUUAAACUUUGAAAAAUCAUUUAUUCGGUUGCAUACCAUCCUCUCCCGCAAAAAUAUGCACAAAAUGUAAAAAUUAACCGGUUAACAAAACAAUUUUUUGUCUAAUGAUCCGUACUGACUUUACCAAACAUUUUAACCUGAAAUGUCGAAAAAGCAAUAUGCAAGGAGUAAAUUUCAAAUCAACAAAAAUCAUUAUUUUGAAAACAUUGUAUAUAUAUAUGGUCCUUC